UAUAAAACUUGGUUUUGUUGGCAUUGACCAAGUCUAAAGGAUUCACCAAAGUUAGCAAAUACAACCAGAGGGAACUGAUUCAUAACCCCCCAAAAAUAGCUCAAAACCAUCCAAUCACAAAAAUUAAAUCAAACCAUGUGUUAAUAUGGUAAACUUCAUGAAAAGCUCACCACCACCAAAAUGACAACCUCAUAUUACAUGCCAUUGUUUCCACUUCAAUCCCAAAAACCUCUUGUCCUGCUGAUUCAGGUGGUGGUGGUUUCGAAUCGUUUUUGCUGCUGGUUUGAGGGCCAUUGAUGGUGACUCCACCGGCUCGAAAAGUAAUGGUUGUAGCUGACCCAACUCCCCACUCUGCGGCAGCUCUCCAAUAUGCGCUGUCCCACGCAUUGCUCGAGCAAGAUGAACUCAUCCUUCUCCAUGUCGAGAACCAAAGCAAUUGGAAGAACACAUUGACUACUUUCCUGAGGAGGCCAAGCCUUGCUUCGGGUGCCGGUGCAAGUGCCAUGGUGCCUAAUUUUGUGCCUGAUGUGGGUUCGACCGACGUGAAUUUUCUUGAUCAAAUGAAAUAUGCAUGCGAGAUUGCUCAGUCUAAUAUCCCUGUACGUAUAGAGAAAACUGACAUGGAUGGCAAAGAUAAGGCUCAGGUAAUCCUUUCUAAAUCAAAAGAUCUUGGAGUUGAUCUUAUUAUCAUAGGCCAAAAACGAAGUCUCUCUUCAGCAAUUCUUGGAUAUAAGCGGCCUGCCGGAAAUUCAAAGGCAUCAAAACUGUUAGAUACGGUAGAGUUUUUGAUUGAGAACAGCUCAUGCAACUGUGUUGCAGUGCAGAAAAAGGGACAACAAGGCUAUGUCCUCAACUCCAAGACCCAUAAAAAUUUCUGGCUCUUGGCAUGAAAAAGAAUACACAACUUGGUCAGUUUGAUGAUCUCAACUGAGAUUUGUUAU